AUGGCGCCAGCUCCAGCUAUCGCGGUGUCUUUGCUCGCGCUCGCCUGCUGUUGUCUGGCAGUAACCACCGCGGACAAAGCACCGAUCAAGUGGCAGAGGGCCAACGCGACGUUCUACGGCGGCGCUGACGCUUCAGGCACCAUGGGCGGAGCGUGCGGGUACGACAACCUCUACACGGCGGGGUAUGGAACACGAACGGCGGCGCUGAGCACGGUGCUGUUCGACGACGGCGCCUCAUGCGGGCAGUGCUACAAGAUCGCGUGUGACCGCAAGCGGGCGGACCCAGCCUUCUGCAAACCCGGAGUCACGGUGACGAUCACGGCCACGAACCUCUGCCCGCCUAACGACGCGCUCCCGAACGAGAACGGCGGAUGGUGCAACCUGCCGAGGCCGCACUUUGACAUGGCGCAGCCGGCCUGGGAGAAGAUCGGCGUCUAUAAGGGUGGCAUCAUCCCCGUCAUGUACCAGAGGGUUCCAUGUGUGAGGAAGGGCGGGGUGCGGUUCAGGAUGGUUGGUCACGAUUACUUCAACGUAGUCAUUGUGAUGAACGUCGCGGGCGCUGGUUCGAUCAAAUCCAUGGAUAUCAAAAGCUCCGAUUCGAACGACUGGUUGUCCAUGUCCCGUAACUGGGGCGCAAACUGGCAGUCUGGAAGCUACCUUACUGGAAAAAUGCUCUCGUUCAGAAUUACUAUCACGGAUGGGCAGACGAUCGAGUUCAACAAUGUUGUGACGGGCGGAUGGAAGUUUGGACAGACAUUCGCGAGCAAAUUGCAGUUCAAGUGAUCACUCUCAGUAGAGCAAUUUAGGAUGCGACUGUUUCUGAGACACCAUCUGAAAUGAUUGGAAUUAUUUUAUU